UCGCAACUAAUCUGAAGAACUGUGAGGUGACGUAAAGCACAGAGAUGCGCGAAAAUAGUGGCGCUGACACGCAGAAACCGGAGGUGAAGUGUGUCGCGUUUUUGUUUAUUUUGUAUUUUCUUUAAAGCUUAAGGUUGUCGUUAUUUUAGUUUUAGAAGUUAUUUUAGUCACUGUAUGCUUUCUCUCUGAUUUGUCUUGGUUGGGCCUUCAUUGCUUCGUGUACCUUCGUCUCACGCGUCGCUGUUUUGAGACGAGAGCGUUUGACAGUCGCUCUCACGGUGAGCCAAGUGGCGUUUGGUUAGCCAUCGAGCUAGCUAGCCCUCUAGUUCGCUAUUUAUCGCUAGCUACCGUUAUUAGUAACGGGUAAGUCAUUCGGAGGGUGGAUGACAAGAGGUAACUAACGUUAGCGAGCAAGCCGCAUAUCUACAUUUCGUCAAUGGGCUCAUGAUAACCCAUGAUCGUGUUGUAGCGCUAACGUUAGCUAGUUGAAUGAGCAGCUGUGAGCUGACACCGGGUUGACGGCUACAGACAGAAGAAAAGGCUAACUUGUUCGCUGCGUAUUGUUGUCAGUGUGAGCUGUCCAUUUAAACAUUGGGGGAACUCAGCACUGCACCAGCAGCUGCUACCAACGCUCACGUUAGCCUGUCUGUGUACAAGCAGUAGCCAACGUUAGCCUGUCUGUGUACAAGCAGUAGCCAACGUUAGCCUGUCUGUGUACAAGCAGUAGCCAACGUUAGCCUGUCUGUGUACAAGCAGUAGCCAACGUUAGCCUGUCUGUGUACAAGCAGUAGCCAACGUUAGCCUGUCUGUGUACAAGCAGUAGCCAACGUCAGCCUGUCUGUGUACAAGCAGUAGCCAACGUCAGCUGCCUUCGACUCGAAACAACCCCCUCGUCAAAAGAAGAAGCUUUCAUCUAGAGAAGACUCACUCUUAACGCGGUCCUGGCCGGAGGAGCUCUCAUCAACAUGCUGCUGCACUGAGACGCACGGACGGAUAUAUUGACGGACGAACGGACAUAUAGACCCACUCACCUGGUGUCUCUUUCUCGUGGCGGCUGUUUUCUCCUCCCUAUAUGGAACGUGCUAUGGAAUACCCUCGCCCAGCGGAGCGGCACAGUCCUCCUCUGUAGAGCCCUCUUCUGGGAACACACUCCAUAAGGAAUCAGCACAGAACAGCUGAUCUCCUAGUUAGUCUCUGAGUCCUCCUACCCUCCCUUGAGAAGAUGUCCGUGAGCCUGGCUGGGGAGGACAUCCAGGCGAAGGGUGAUAUUGGAAGUAGUGGACUGCUCAAUGAUGACUUGAUGAUGAAGCUCUCCCCAUCCCCUGAACCUUGCCAGGGACAGGAGGGCACUGGGAGCUCCGGGGAUGGCAUGGAGGCAGAAGAGAGCGCCACACAGGACUCGCAGCGGCGUACUCAGAACCACGGCCAUGGCAGGAAAAGGGCCAGGUCCAAUGCCAAGCUGAAGCUGGUGAGGAGCCUGGCGGUGUGUGAGGAGUCAUCAGGUCCGUUCUGUACUGACGGACCUCCAGACAUUAUCCAGCUCCACAUCAGCUGUCCCUCAGACAAGGAGGAGGAGAAGUCUUCUAAGGAUGACUAUGAGAAUGAGGAUGAUGAGGAGGAGAAGAAGGACAGGACUUCACGUAAGAUGCUGUCACGAGACUCCAGCCAGGAGUACACUGACUCCACCGGCAUCGACGUGCACGACUUCCUGGUCAACACACUGAAAAACAACCCCAGGGAUCGAAUGAUGCUGCUGAAACUAGAACAAGAUAUCCUGGAGUUCAUUAAUGACGACAAUAACCAGUACAAGAAGUUUCCCCAGAUGACGUCGUACCACCGCAUGCUUCUACACCGUGUAGCGGCCUACUUUGGCAUGGACCACAACGUAGACCAGACUGGCAAGGCUGUCAUCAUUAACAAGACUGGCAACACACGCAUCCCAGAGCAGAGGUUCUCAGAGCAUAUCAAGGAUGAGAGGAACACGGAUUUCCAGAAGAAGUUUAUCCUGAAGAGAGACGACGCCAGUAUGGACAAGGACGAUAAUCAGAUCCGCGUGCCGCUGUCGGACGGGCGGCGCAGCAAAUCAAUAGAGGAGAGGGAGGAGGAGUAUCAGAGAGUACGAGACCGGAUCUUUUCCAGAGAAUCCUCUCAAAAUGGAUACAUCAAUGACAACAGACUUUCCCCUGAAGGCUACUCCUCUACCUCUCAAAAGAGGAGGCAGAUCUUUAGGGGGAACCUUGAGAGCUCCAGCCGUGCGUCCAGCAGCCGUCAGAGCAGCACUGACAGUGAUAUGAAGUGCCUGGAGCCAAGACCCUGGAGCAGCACGGACUCCGAUAGUUCAAACAGGACCCUGCGGCCCCCGGUCACCAAGGCAUCCAGCUUCUCUGGCAUCUCCAUUCUGACCAGAGGAGAUAGUCUGGGCAGCAACAAGAGCUCUCAGGGUAGCUGCAGGGGCUCACGCACCGGACUCCCACUGGUGAGCCCAGACAUGUGUCCCCAGCCCCCAGUCCCCCAGCCUGGCCCCUGCCCCUCCCAGGCCCAGCCCCCCCAGACCGCCCUACUGCCUACCCCACAGCAACACACCAUGGGCAACUAUAACCAUAACCACAUGACUCAGCCGGUGGGGUCUCUGCAGCCCUCUCAACCUGUGUCCUACUCUUCCUCCUGUCCCCAGGUCCUCCUGCCUGUCUCUUCCCCCCAGCAGUACAUGGGUGAGGAGCUGGCUCCUCACUUCAGCCAGAUGACUCUGAGUCGACAGAGUUCCAGCGAGGCCCCGGAGCCCCCAGCCAUGUACCAGACCCAGGGGCCCACUGUCCUCACCCAACACCCCCCACCCCAGACGGGCUAUAUCAUGGCCACCACAGCCCAGCCCCUGGCCCAGCCCCUGGCCCCUCAGUCUGGCUACCAGCCUAACACCAGACACCUCCAUCAUCCUCCUCCUCCUCCUCCUCCACCCCCUCCCUCCCAGACCAUCAUGCAGCCCCCACCACCGCCGCAGGGGUACAUGCAGCCGUCUCCCCCUCAGCAGAUAUCUUAUUACACCCCUGGGCAGCAGUACCCCAGCACAGGGCAGCAGUACCCCAGCACAGGGCAGCAGUACCCCAGCACAGGGCAGCAGUACCCCAGCACAGGGCAGCAGUACCCCAGCACAGGGCAGCAGUACCCCAGCACAGGGCAGCAGUACCGGUCUGGACCCAUGUCUCACCAGGUGUCCUACCCUGUCCAGCCCAUGCCCCAGCCCAUGGCUCAGCCCACACAGCAGUCUGCAGCUCUCCAGACCAUGAUGCCCAGCCAGCAGCCCCAGACCAUGAUGCCCAGCCAGCAGCCCCAGUACCAGGGAAUGAUAGGAGUACCCCAGCAGCCACAGAACCAGGCUCUCCUCACCUCCCAGGGGCAGGGCAUGCAUGGACAGGUGACGGCCAUGAUGGUCCAGUACCCACAGAUGCCCUCAUAUCAGCAGGUCCCUGUGGCAAGUGACUCUCAACAGGUGAUCCAGCACCAGCAGUACCAGCAGCAGGUCAUGGUGCCAGUCAGCCAGUCUCUACAGACUGUCCAGGGGCCCAUGCCCGUAUACUACAGCGUCAUCACCCCCACACAACAGAACAGCACAAGUCCAUCAGUAGGGUACCUGCAGCCCAGCUCAGAGCAGUACCAGAUGAGCCCGUCUACUUCUCCCUGCAACCCUCCACAGAUGCAGCAGCAAUAUUCAGGGGUGGCUUCCCCGGGGCCUGGGGUGAUGGUCAUGCAGCUUAGUGUCCCCAAUGGACCCCAGCCUACCCACAACCCUCCUCUGGUACAGUGGAACCCCUGCAAGUACUACAGCCUAGAGCAGAGACCCAGUAAGCCUGGAGACCUCUACAAAUCUGACAACACACAGCAGACGAGUACACAGAUGCAGAGCAGUCCCCUGUCCUCCCCCACCCAGUCUCCUACCCCCUCCCCCUCAGGCAGCGUGAGCAGUGUCUGUCCAGGCCUCGGCCCUCUGCCCCUACUGUCACAGUUCCCCCGGCCUGGACCAGGGUCCGCACAAGGUGACGGGUGCUACUCUCUGUUGGGCCAGCCUCUCCAGUAUAGCCUCUGUCCCUCUCCUCUCAUCCACAGCCAGACCAAUUACAGCUCACAUCAGAGCCAAGUAGGAAUGAAGCAUGGGGCGAGAGGGACGAGACAGACACUGAAGUCUCAAUCUACAGACCUGGGGACCACUGACGUCGUGGUGAGUCGGGUGCUGGAGGUGACUGAUCUCCCAGAGGGCAUCAGUCGCCCUGAGGCUGAGAAGCUCUUCAACCAGCUGUCCAUGUGCGGUGCGAAGAUCCAGUGGCUCAAGGACCCGGUGGUGGGGGGCCGUGGAGGCUACUGUGGCCCUGGAGGGCAUCACGGUCCUGGGGCUGGGAUGGGGCCUGGAGGGGGGAAGGGCGACGGCAGCGACCCGGCUCACCUCUACACGGUGGUGGCUGUGUUUCCUUCCACCAUGGCUGCACAGAGUGCUUCCUUCAAACUCAACAACAGUGGGGCGAGCCUCUUCAAACUGAGGGCCGCCAAAAAGAACUAUGACCUAAGAGUCCUGGAGAGGGCCAGCUCCCAGUGAAAAGGAAGGAGAGAAGGGACGUUUGAAAAGUAGGAGUGGUAAGGAGUUGGACUGAGGGGACUGAACAGUUUGGACGGACAGGAAAGUGGGACAAGACGUCACACGUUAAGGGAAACGGGUGAACACAGAACACAAACUGAGAAGAUGGUGUUUGCAAAAUAUGAAAAUAUAUUUUCAUUUUGAAUUGUUUGUUUUAUAUUAUUGAUACCUAAAGAGCACAUAAGAUACGUGAGCAUGUGGAUCACUGUUGCUGUGUAUUUGUGCUAACACCCACGUCCAUGCACAGACAGGCAACAGGGUCACGUGGCACUCCUGAACACACUGGACAGUCAACUUCAGUCCAUCCUUCCCUUCUUCCCCUCCGCUCUCCUCCAGACUUCCUCUCUCCCGCUCUCUCCCGCUCUCUCCCGCUCUCUCCCGCUCUCUCCCGCUCUCUCCCGCUCUCUCCCGCUCUCUCUCUCUCUCAGGCUGACUUAUUUAAACGUUCAUAUGCACAAUUGCUCUCUUUCUUUUAUCUUUCUCUCCUUCCCCAACUCUCUCUAUUUAGCCAAUUGUCUCAUACUCUGUCAUGCUCUCGUUCUCUCUGCACAUUCUCUAACUGCUCUCUCCUGCUUUCUGUUGGCCUGUAUACUGCUGUUGUGGGUUUCUGUAUAUUGCUGUUUUUCUCAGAAGAGUAUUGUUCUUUUUUGGUUCUAUAUAUAUUUAUAUAAGUGAUGUAUGGAAUUAAAUUAAUUAUAUAUUCAGUGACUUUUUCAGUGGAUAAGUUUACCCCGUUUUACCUUACCUCACCAGCCCAACUUAUCCCCUCCUCACCAACCCAACUUACCCCCUCCUCACGUACCUCACCAGCCCAAUGUACUCCCUCCUCACCUACCUCACCAGCCCAACUUAUCCCCUCCUCACCAGCCCAACUUACCCCCUCCUCACGUACCUCACCAGCCCAACGUACUCCCUCCUCACCUACCUCACCAGCCCAACGUACUCCCUCCUCACCUACCUCACCAGCCCAGCUACCCCCUUCACACCUACCUCACCAACCAACCUACCCCCUCCUCACCUACCUCACCAGCCCAACUUACCCCCUCCUCACCUACCUCACCAGCCCAACUUACCCCCUCCUCACCUACCUCACCAGCCCAACUUACCCCCUCCUCACCUACCUCACCAGCCCAACUUACCCCAUUUUCCCAUACGCCACCAGCCCAACUAACCCUGUCCUAGCCUACCUCACCAGCCCAACUAACCCUGUCCUAGCCUACCUCACCAGCCCAACUAACCCUGUCCUAGCCUACCUCACCAGCCCAACUAACCCUGUCCUAGCCUACCCUUGCAACCCCAGCUUACCCUAUUCUCCCGGUGCCAUGACCCCACUCUCCCCUCAUUGUGCUUCUGUUUUUCGGUGACAGCAGUGCAGAACGUACCAGAAGAAGUAGUUACAAGUGCAUAAUGAUUGCAUAAUGUCUAUUGUAAAUUUGAUUGAAUCAGUUAUUUUGUUUUGUUUUAAAAAAAAAUCUAUAAAAGCAGAGAAAAAAAAUCUAUACAAAUUG